GUACACCAAGAUGAAAACGGCCACCAACAUCUACAUCUUCAACCUGGCCCUGGCCGACGCUCUGGUCACCACCACCAUGCCCUUCCAGAGCACCGACUACCUGCUCAACACGUGGCCCUUCGGCCAGGUGCUGUGCAAGGUCUUCAUCGCCAUCGACUACUAUAACAUGUUCAUCAGCAUCUUCACGCUCACCAUGAUGAGCGUGGAUCGCUACGUGGCCGUGUGCCACCCGGUCAAGGCGCUGGACUUCCGGACCCCAGUUAAGGCCAAGGUCAUCAACGUGUGCAUCUGGAUCCUGUCCUCGGCCGCCGGCAUUCCCGCUUUUGUCCUGGGCGGUACGCAGACAAACCUCGGGAUCACCGAGUGCACCUUACAGUUCCCCGAGCCGUACGUGUACUGGGACACGCUCAUGAAAAUGUGCGUGUUUGUCUUCGCCUUCGUGGUGCCGGUCCUGAUCAUCACCGUGUGCUACUCCCUGAUGCUCCUCCGCCUCAAGAGCGUGCGCAUGCUGUCCGGCUCACGGGUGAAGGACCGCAACCUGCGGCGCAUCACCCGGCUGGUGGUGGUGGUGGUGGCUGUAUUCGUGGUGUGCUGGACCCCCAUCCACAUCUUUAUUCUGGUUAAGGCGCUGGCCAGCGUGCCCGAGACCACCGCCAUCAUGGCCGCCUACUUCUUUUGUGUGGCGCUGGGCUACACCAACAGUAGCCUCAAUCCCAUCCUCUACGCUUUCCUGGAUGAAAACUUUAAGCGCUGCUUCAAGGACUUCUGCGUCUCAGCUAGGCUAAGGCAGCAGAAGGCGUCCAGGAGCAGGAAGGCGGCAGCGGCACCGGAGGCCGUGGGCGAGGCCGCCGUGCCCCUCCGCAACCCGGAUGAGAACAGUAAGGCCACAUGA